UUCAGGAACAGGGCUGACUUUCAAGGAAACAGCUGGGAAAUCCUAUUCAAAGAAAUGUUUUCCUUUGUGAUCCUAUUUUUUGCUCUGUGGUGUCCCUCAUCUAGUCAGAACCAAGAUGAAUAUGAUGACCUCAUUUUCUUCAAUUUUGACAAUGAAGUAGAAAGUGUAAUUCCUGCAACGGAAGAAGCUAUUUCGUGUGAUUGUCAGCGUGAACAUACAGAAUGGGACAAACUCUUCAUCAUGCUUGAGAACUCCCAGAUGAAAGAGAAUAUGCUGCUUCAGUCCCUGGAUGAAAUCCUUAAGGUGGAGCUGCAAACAAUGAGAGGGGAAAUGCUCCAGUUUGUGGAAAACUUUGCUGGCACAUGCAUCACAUCCAUUGAAAAAGCUUCCUCCCAGAUCUUGAGCCAAAUGGCUCAGAUGCUGGCAAAGAACAGCAGAGAAGUUGAGGAUCUUCCGGGGAUGCCUCAGGAUUCUAUGCAAGGAAAGAUCCUCAGUGAGAUUGUGCAGCUGAGCCAAAACAUGUCCAACAGACUGAACCACCUGGAGCAUGCUUGGCAGAGGACAGCUGAGGUGAAUGCACAGCAUCGGGGCUUUCUGCAGAGAGAUAGGUCCAGCUACACUGCAAGUGGGGGUGAUUUUAUUCUGAACUCGCUGUGGAAAGAACUGCAGGAAACAAAAGCUGAACUGAAAGAAUCCCCAAAAAGGACCACACAGAACUUAUUGCCAUUUGGUUGUGAGGCAGCCCUUUUAUUCCCAAUGCGUUCCAAAAAGAUCUUUGUCAGUGUUCACCCAACUUCUGAAAUGCGGCUCUUCUCCUUUACCACCUGCACAUGGGUUAAAGUGACCGAAAUCCUGGACAAAACUAUUGUGUUCUCAUAUGGAACAAAGCGAAAUCCCUAUGAAAUCCAGCUCUACUUGAGCUAUGACUCAGCUGUUCUUGCUGUAAAUAGUGACCACAAGAUAACUGCCCAAAAUAUCAUCUCUUCUGGACAGUGGACUCACCUUUGUGGCACUUGGAGUUCAAUUAAUGGAAGUACUUCAUUGUGGAUAAAUGGAAAGGUUGUGGCAGCCUCCUCAGAAAUUGCUGAGGACCACAUCAUUCCUGAUGGCGGAAUUUUGCAGAUUGGCCAAGAAAAGAAUGGCUGCUGUGCUGGAGGUGGUUUCAAUGAAUCUUUAGCUUUUUCUGGGAAAAUAACUGGUUUUAAUAUGUGGAACAGAGUCCUCAGUGACAAAGAGAUAACAAGAGAGUCUGGAGAAGAAUCCUGCAACAUCCGUGGCAACUUAGUUGGGUGGGGGGUUACAGAGUUUCUGCCUCAUGGAGGAGCUCAGUAUAUUUUUGGGCUCUGAACUAAUGCUCUUCAAAAGUCUAUAUAAAGUCAUCUAAAGAAGGAAUCUAAGAAACCCAAAUAUUUAAAAUUCUUAGGGCUCAUCAUAUAAUACAGCUUCUACAGGCAGGCUGCUUUAAAUCUCAAUAGAAAAGCAGUGAUAUGAAGAAAAAUGCUUAAUUCAUGAGGUGCCACUUACGUCCAGUUCACACAAGAACCCAUGAAUGAGGCGCCAUGUGGCAAGAAGCCUCCAUGUGACUGUAGCAGCUGCAGCUACCUCACUCCAAUUUCCCUGUUCUCCUCUGUUGUUCUUAAUCCAAGAAGAAAAAGUUGCUGCCACAGGGAGGGUAAGUGGGUGAACCCUUGAGAGAGGGUUAGAAGAUAGCAGCUACUUGGUCUGACAAGCAGAGAGGUAAGUCAGUGGGAGGCCUUCUCACCACAUGGAAACUCAUUCACAGGGGCAUAGAAACAGCCGUCAAAGGAAUCAAUUUAAAAUGGCUUCCAUAUGGCAGCCAUACUAUGUGCUCUUUAAUAUAUCUCAUUAAGAAUUAGUACUGUAAGCAGGUAGCUCUAAACUGAGGUAUGGAUGCAACAUUGCUUCAGCAAACAAAAUUAAAACAUAAUCAAAAGUAGUUUUUGAUCAUAUUCAAGAAUUAUAGUGGAAUAACAAUCCUUAAUGCAGAGGCUGCUCUCACUUGUAGCAAUAGGUGUCAUUUGCGGAUAUCUGGGGACAGAAUUUGGCUCAAGAACUUUCCUCAAUUAAAUGUGUGCAGACAAAUGGCUGGAGCUCUUUUUCCACAGAACUAAUAUUAUGCUGUCUUCUGGAUAUCCUUUGUUUGUAGAUUUGAUAUUAGUAAUGUGAAUUUUGCAGAU